AUGGAUAAGUCUAUUCCAAUCAAGGCAAUACCGGUUGCAUGUGUCAGACCAGAUUUGGUAGAUGACGUGACCAAAAACACAUCAACGAUUCCUACAAUGGUUUCACCAGUUCUAACCAAUAUGCCAUCUGCAACAUCUCCUCUUCUAAUGGUCCCACCUCUUCGAACAAUCUGGCCAUCCAACAAGGAAUGGUACGAUGGAGAUGCUGGUCCUAGUAGUACUGGUCCAAUCAAACGAGAAGCGUCCGAUAAUACUAAUGAUACAGCACACAACACAUUUGCACCUCCUCCAGAAAUGGUCAUACCACUGAUCACCAUUAGGCCAAGUGAUGACUCUAGCAACUAUUCUUGUGAUGCGGGUGCUGGUCCUAGUACUGGUCCAGUAAAACGAGGCCGUGGCCGACCAAAAGGUUCAAAAAACUCAACGCCGACGGAGCCGAAGAAGCCAAAAGUAUAUGAUCCCAACAGCUUAAAGGUUACAUCUCGUGGGAAUUUCGAUUCAGAGAUAACCGAAGCAGAGACAGAAACUGGAAACCAGGAGAUAGUUGAUUCCGUUAUGAUGCGGUUUGAUGCGGUUAGACGACGAUUAUGCCAAAUAAACCAUCCGGAAGACAUCCUUACAACGGCAAGUGGCAAUUGCACGAAAAUGGGUGUCAAGACAAAUACAAGAAGGAGAAUUGGUGCAGUUCCUGGAAUACACGUCGGAGAUAUAUUCUAUUACUGGGGUGAAAUGUGCUUAGUGGGGCUUCACAAAUCAAAUUAUGGUGGUAUUGAUUUUUUUACGGCUGCAGAGAGUGCAGUGGAAGGCCAUGCUGCUAUGUGUGUGGUAACAGCAGGACAAUACGAUGGUGAAACCGAGGGGCUUGACACGUUGAUCUACAGCGGACAGGGCGGAACGGACGUGUACGGUAACGCUCGUGAUCAAGAGAUGAAGGGCGGGAAUCUUGCACUAGAAGCAAGUGUAAGCAAAGGGAAUGACGUUAGAGUCGUGAGAGGAGUGAUACAUCCUCAUGAGAACAAUCAGAAGAUAUAUAUCUACGAUGGGAUGUAUCUGGUUUCAAAGUUCUGGACAGUGACAGGAAAAUCCGGCUUCAAGGAGUUCAGAUUCAAAUUGGUGAGGAAACCAAACCAACCUCCUGCUUAUGCAAUCUGGAAAACAGUUGAAAAUCUGAGGAACCAUGACUUGAUUGAUUCAAGGCAAGGUUUUAUACUUGAAGAUCUUUCUUUUGGAGCUGAGCUUUUACGAGUUCCGCUCGUUAAUGAAGUUGAUGAAGAUGACAAAACGAUUCCCGAAGAUUUUGAUUACAUCCCCUCUCAGUGUCACUCUGGUAUGAUGACGCAUGAAUUUCAUUUUGAUCGUCAAUCACUUGGAUGCCAGAAUUGUCGACAUCAGCCAUGCAUGCAUCAAAACUGCACCUGCGUGCAGAGAAACGGUGACCUGCUACCGUACCAUAACAACAUUUUGGUUUGUCGUAAACCAUUGAUUUACGAGUGCGGUGGAUCUUGUCCUUGCCCCGACCAUUGCCCAACCCGGUUGGUUCAAACCGGUUUGAAACUCCAUUUGGAAGUGUUCAAGACAAGAAACUGUGGUUGGGGUUUACGUUCUUGGGAUCCAAUCCGAGCCGGAACUUUUAUCUGCGAGUUUGCUGGUUUGAGAAAGACAAAAGAAGAAGUAGAAGAGGAUGAUGAUUACUUGUUCGACACGUCAAAGAUUUAUCAGAGGUUCAGAUGGAACUACGAACCUGAGCUUUUGCUUGAAGAUAGUUGGGAACAAGUCUCUGAAUUUAUCAAUCUUCCAACACAAGUCUUGAUAAGUGCUAAGGAAAAAGGGAAUGUUGGUCGGUUCAUGAAUCACAGUUGUUCACCGAAUGUUUUCUGGCAGCCUAUUGAGUAUGAAAACAGAGGUGAUGUAUAUCUUCUUAUCGGACUUUUUGCUAUGAAGCAUAUUCCUCCGAUGACAGAGUUAACAUAUGACUAUGGAGUUUCAUGUGUGGAGAGGAGCGAAGAAGAUGAAGUACUUCUUUAUAAAGGCAAGAAGACCUGUCUCUGUGGUUCAGUCAAAUGUCGUGGCUCUUUUACCUGA